AGUUUCCUUUUAAAGAUGAGCUCUUCCACACAACCCUUAGUUUCCUUUUAAAGAUGAGCUCUUCCACACAACCCUUAGUUUCCUUUUAAAGAUAAGCUCUUCCAAACAACCCUCGAUUGGCUUGGAAUCACUGCUAAAAGUAAGAACAAGUACUUUUAUGGGAAACGUUUUGAAGUGUUGUUUCAACAUAUUCUUAAUUCCACUUUUAGAUUAUGUACUUAAGUAAUCAAACAAUUAGUAUGAAGCUACCUUUAACUCUUCAAAAAUCAUGUCGAACUCGGUGAAUUCUACUCCAUAUGAUCUUUUCUUCGUUCGAGCAACUCGAAUACUUUGUCAUUGUAAAAUCCUUGUUUUUGCAGGGUCUUUUACCGAUAGAAACGUGUGGAACGGGUUACUGGGUUAUCUCUUCUCUCCAAGUUCCAGUGGCCAUAGCUUUCACUCUCUGGAUUCUUCACAAACAGAAGGGUCCUGAACCUGAAGAUUCCCCUCAGAAGGAGGUAGAAGAAGCACGGCCUGCAGUUGAACCAUCAAAGAAACUGAUCUUCCCAGUAAUGGCACUUUUAGCUGGGAUUUUGGGUGGCAUGUUUGGGAUUGGCGGUGGCAUGCUUAUAAGCCCUUUCCUUCUUCAAGUUGGAAUAGUUCCUGAGGAAACGGCAGCAACUUGCUCCUUCAUGGUGUUCUUUUCGGCUACAAUGUCAGCUUGCCAGUAUUUGCUGCUGGGAAUGGAGCAUGCUGAAAUUGCAGUGAUCUUCGCGAUCGUCUGCUUCAUUUCCUCGGUGCUCGGGUUGGUAGUGAUUCAGAAGGGGAUUCGUGACUAUGGAAGGGCAUCUCUCAUCAUCUUCUCAGUUAGUAUAGUGAUGGCUUUGAGUACUGUUUUGAUGACCACACUUGGUGCCCUCAAUGUUUUGAGUGAUUACAUUGCUGGAAACCCUAUGGGAUUUAAAUCUCCUUGUUAAAACGUUUUCUUCUCUCUUCAUUCAUGCACAGUUCAUUGCCUAAUUUAAUGGUUACAGAGAAUCUGAGUGAAUGUAACAUAGGAGAAUGCUUGAGCUCAAUUUUUUUAAUUUUUGUUCAUAUUUCAAAUUCAAUUUUCAUUGGGCUUCAA